AUGAAAUCCCUGAAAAAAUACUUUGAACAACAAUGGGAAGUAAAAUAUGGUUCUUCAAAUCAAUGGUUUAUCUUAUUUUUAAAAGAAUAUAAAGAUACUGUGAAUUAUGAUUCUGUUCUGAAACGUACAGCUGAAUAUGGCACUAAAUACUUGAAAGAUUGCCCUGUAUUAUCAAUUGUUUUGCAACUUCUAUUUGAAGGUAUUGAUGACACAUGUAUGGAUGAAACAAAUGUAUUCAAUGAUCUAUGGUGUGUAAUAACCAAUAAUGGUUUAAAAUCUAUAGAAAAUUUUUCUGAUAUUAAAAUCCGAUCGGUCUUAUUGAAAGCAUUACGUGAAUUUUAUCGUCCAAGAUUAUUUGAAUUAUUAGAAAAAAGUCAAGUCAAAAAUAAAGACAAUUUGUAUGAAUUAGCGUUAGAUAAUGUUGCUGAACAUGGUUGGUUACAAGGUUUACAAGCAGUUCGAAAGAGAAUAAUACCGAUAUUUUUUGAAACAUUACUAAAGAAUAUUCCUAUAUUUGGUGAUACAUCUGGAAAGUCAGUUUUACCAAAAGUGGAAGCUCCAAUAUCAGAAAACAAUCAAUCAUGUAUGUUUGGUCAAGAUACUCAAAUUUUAUGGAAGUUCAGUGGCAUCGGGAAACCACGAGUGGCAUGGUUCUUCAACGGUCAACCACUUCCAACCAAUGAUCGUCUACAAGUAACGGAGACUGAUGAUGGAACAUCGAUACUAAUAAUUCGUCAAGCUAAACUUGCUGAUGAAGGUGUCUAUACAGCUAAAGCAAUCAAUGCUUUUGGUGAAGCUGAAGCUCAAACAACAUUAAAGAUUGAUUGCAUCAAACCUGUCAUCAACACUAAUCUCGAUACUGUACUGAAAGUCACAAAAGGCGAAAUCUUGACGCUAAAAGUCGUCGCCAGUGGAACUCCGAAACCUCACGUUGUGUGGAUGAGAGACGACAAUGAACUUAUACCCAAUGAUCGCAUUCAAGUGACGACACCGACUGGUAGCGAUGAUCAAUACACACUUACCAUCUUGAAUGUACAACCAGAAGAUCAAGGUAAAUAUUCAGCCAUGAUUUGCAAUGUUGGUGGAUCACUUCAAUCCGACAAGUGUAUAGCUAUUGUUUCGAAAUCACCUAUGUUUAUUGUCAAGCCGACGACACAAAAAGUAAAACAAGGUGAGACAGCAGUAUUCAUGACGACGAUUGAUGGAUAUCCAACACCGACUAUCACAUGGCUUCUCAAUGGAAAACUGUUGACAUUGAAAGAAGACGUUGAAGUGCAAUUCGAUGCUGCAACUGGUCAAUCGAAGUUGUCCAUCCAAAACGUCAAUCUUGAGCAACAUACUGGUUCAAUUACUUGUCGAGUGGAGAGUGAAUAUGGCGAGCAAGAAGAAACUGUUCGACUUGAUAUUCUAGUUGCACCAACAAUCAUCGAAGACUUGCCCAUACAACAAGAAAUUGUAAGUGGACGAGAUAUCGCAUUGAAAGUCGUUGGAAAAGGAUCUCCACGACCAUCCGCUCAAUGUGAAGUUGACCCAACUGACACCAGCAUCGAAUCUAGUUGGCUUGAAAAUUGGCGAAAAAUUCGAGAUCGUUUUGGAUGUGAAUGGAAAGGAAAUACCGGAAGUUCAGCUGACAAAAGAUGA